UGAAGCAGCAGCAGAAGCAACGGCAACAGAACCAAGCAGCAUUGAAUAAAGUUUUCACACACAUAGCAGUACUUAGUAAUGAAAGUUUAAUUGGUGUUAAAUUGAUAGAUUGUUGAAUGUGUUUGUGUAUGUUAGCGGCGACAGACAAUAUUUGCUAAUGGACAGUGCAAGAUCAGUAAACGGAAAAAGGGACAGAGUAGCCGCAAAAUAAAGCCUGAGCUGCCUUGCCACUUGAAAUCAGCAAGGCAUUCAAGUUAAUCCUGGCACUUGAGUUUUAACGGAACGAAGCUGCAUGAAGAAGACGUGAAGACAUGAGGCAGCAAUGGAAGCCGCGCCAUUGGCACACACCCAUGGCAGAUGGUAGACAUCGAAAUAAUACCCGAUUAAAGAACAAAAAAGCAAAGUGCAAAUGCACCCCAAGUGCCAAAACAAGGAGUAACUCAUUUGUGCAGUUAUUGUGCGGUGACAGUUUGCUGGCAGCAGCCGACCCGAACGAUAAUGCUGAAGCUGGGAAGGCUGUUCGAGGCUGUAGGAGGCUGUUGGCGGCCGCCUCGAGUGCGGUAGCUUAGCGGCAAUGCAUAAUGUCUGCUAAUAUUUGAAGAGCACGCGAGUGCGCAGCGCGCAUUAAUUGACAUGAAAGCCGAGCCGAAAAAUAUGCAAAAGGCGCACACGACGAGUUGGAGAAAGCUGAAAAGCAGCGAAGAGAAUGCCGAGAAGAAUGGGCUCCGCGCUAAUGAGGUGCAUUGCAUUCGCGUUUUAUAGCCUGGUCAAUCAAUCCAUGCCAGAAGCAGGCAAGGUGCGUAAGAUGGUGGCGCGGGCUCUUAGUGUUUGGGAAAACAAUUCAAAGUUGACAUUUCGUGAAGUGUACAGCGAUCAGGCGGACAUACAAGUGCUGUUUGCAAGGCGCGAUCAUGGCGAUGGAUAUAAGUUCGAUGGACCCGGCCAAGUGCUGGCUCACGCCUUCUACCCUGGUGUGGGACGCGGCGGCGAUGCACAUUUUGAUGCGGAGGAGAUCUGGCAGUUUGAUGCAGACAACGAUGAUAACCGAGGUACGAACUUUUUGAAUGUCGCUCUGCACGAACUAGGCCACUCGCUAGGUCUGGGUCACUCGUCGGACUCAAAUGCGGUUAUGUUUCCCUGGUAUCAGAGCAACGAAGUGGAUGGCAAGCUGCCCGACGACGAUCGGAAUGGCAUUCAGGAGCUCUAUGGCGCCAAGGAUAAGACUUGGGGACCCUAUAGACCACGCGCCACAGCCCGUACCACAACGACUACUACAACAACAACUAUGCGACCUAUGGUCUACUUCCCACAGCGACCAAACGUUCCAACGCGUCGUUAUCCAUACUACACCGAGAGGCCACUCUACCGUCCGCAUAAUCCACGCCAGACAGAACGACCAACCGCCGCCACCAGGGCCACGCCGCGCACUUAUCCUACGGUCAGAAACUAUCCUACUGCCAGAACCUAUCCCAAAAAGCCAACAAAGCCGCGAAAGAUAAAGCCAGACACCUGUCGGACCCACUACGACGCCAUAUCCAUGAUACGCAACGAGCUCUUCAUAUUCAGAGGACAGUAUCUUUGGCGUAUCGGAGCAAAUGGUAUGUACGCCGGCUAUCCCACUGAGACGCGUCGCCACUGGGCCGCACUACCCGAGGACUUCAAGCGCGUCGAUGCCGUCUAUGAGGAUAAAAAGCUAGGGAUAAUAUUCUUUAUAGGUCGAUACUACUAUGCAUUCGACACCGUCACACUCAUAACUGGCUAUCCACAACCGCUUACAUCGUUGGGUCUGCCGUCCACACUGUCGCACAUCGAUUCCGCUUUUGUUUGGGGCCACAACAAUCACACUUACCUGACUAGUGGCACGCUCUAUUGGCGACUGGACGACAGCACUGGUAAAGUGGAUCCCACCUAUCCAUACGACAUGUCCUUUUGGGGGGUGGGCUACAACAUCGACGCCGCCUUCCAGUAUUCAGACGGCAAGACCUAUUUCUUUAAAAAGGAGGGCUACUGGGAGUUCGAUGACAACCGUAUGAAACCGACGCAAGUGCUUCCCCAAAGCUCGGCACACAAGUGGAUGCGCUGCUCUCGCAGCGACAACGACGUGAACAAGGAACAGCGCUGGACAGCACCGCUGGUCUCGGGCGUGGAUGAGGUCGAUUCCGAAGACAAAGCUGGGAAUGCCGCAGGACGUGCAUAUUCUGUUGCAAUUAUUCUGCCUACCCUUCUCCAUAUAUAUAGCAUAUGGCGUAGUUAAAACUUACUCUAAGCGGUUUAGUUUGGCAUCUAAACAGCUUCUGGUGAAGUAUAAGGUGCGUUCCAAAGUAAGCAAAGCUAUUGGAAUAUUAGGACUCAACCCAACUUCCUAGAAUAUGACCAACUGAAAACCAACUUCUUGGCAAAGCCUUGAUUCAAACGUUUCAGUUAAUGAACCAUGCCUUAUCCACGGCAGAGUUCACGAGGGGUAUACAUGUUCUAAAAAAUUCGUGCACGAAUGCGAGCUCUUCUAUUUUAAAAAAGCACGAAUAAUGAUGGAAAAAAAAUUCAUAUAGUCUAAUUCGUUUUUCGUUUUAUUUAAUCAUUAUGUAUUAUGCAUAAUGUAUUCUACUGAAAUUCCUUACUUAUUUCUCAGAGCGAGUUUUGGAUAUCUUCUAUUGUCGUAUGUACCUACAUGCUGCAGGCAUUUACGGCCUAGAAUUUAAUGCACCCCUACCGUAUAGCUUUAGACCAUGAACAUCGCUUGCUACAUAUAUUUACAUAUGUUGCCAGCCUUUUAUAUUUUUCACAAGUUAUGUUUACCUUGAACCGCACCUUGUAGUAAAUUUUCUUCAAAAAUUAUGCACUUUUUCUCUUCCGUUCAGAGAAAAUAUAAAUUUGUCAUCAAAUAAGAACCUGUUUUGCUGUUGUUUUUUUUUAGUCCAAGCUAAUCGGUUUAGAGUAAUACUUUUAUGAAAUUGAACUUUAUUGUCGGUUAUGCUGUGCGAAGUUCAAAUCCGGACUACUCAUUCGUAUUUAAGUAAAUAUUUUAUAUUUUAAUAAAAGAUAGUUAAUCGUUGCGAUCGCAGCUGUCUAACAGCUUAGAGUACGUGCUACACGAUUGUACACAAGCGGCCUUAGAUAGUAUUCAUGACUCAAUUCAAAUUUGAUUCCAUAUACAUAAUAAUUUUUCAACUGUAUUCUAUGCCAUAAUAAUACCCAUUUAUACCUACUUGUAUUUCUUUAAAUAGUAUGUUGCAUUUCAAGAGCCAUCGGGAAAAGUGUUUCAUACAAUUUGAAUAAUUUUAUCAAUAAGCACGAAAUAAAUUGCUUAGUAAGUCAACCGUCAAUCAUUCAAUUUGUGCUUUUAUUGUAUUAUUCAUAAUAUUCUAUGCAUAUAACAUACUAUAUUAUACUGUAUUGUAUUGUCUGAUAUAAGUACACAUACUACUUUUGCACGCAUUGAAAUUACCUACUAGCUAAUAAAGAGUUUGUAAGAGUUGUAUGUAAAAAAAAGAGAGGGGAAUGAUCAAGUGCUUAGAUUUAAGGACACGUAUUUCCAACAUUUGAAAAGCCAGCACUGCCUUAUAAAACAUACUAAGUUAAUGUUUAUCACCUAAAGUUUAAACACUACAGAAACGCCUAUACGAGUAGCUGUGAACUAUCCACGCAUUUUUCUUAAUUCAAAAACAACAUUUUGGGGAUUUUUAUUUAUAAUUUAAAUAAUGUGAUAUUACAAUAAAUUCAAUAACUUGCAUACAAA